ACAUGUUCCAUGGCAUAAAUUUGCCAUUGCGGUUCAAGUUACAUUCCCAGCGCUGAAUAAGACAUGUCUAAAAGGCAUCUCUGUCGUUUUCUACAAAGACGAUUUAUAAAUAUUUAGGAGUAGAUGCUUGAGUGAUAAAAAAAUGGCAUCCGCGACAGUGUCGCAAAAUGAUGUUUUGCACCAAUUCCCUGUUAAUAAACUGAUUCGAGUCGGAUACUACGAACUAGAAAAAACAAUCGGUAAAGGAAAUUUUGCUGUUGUUAAAAUGGCUACCCAUGUUGUAACAAAAUCAAAGGUUGCCAUAAAAAUAAUAGAUAAGACGAAAUUGAAUGAAGAAAAUUUAGCAAAAAUUUUUCGUGAAGUUCACAUAAUGAAAAAAUUACGACAUCCACAUAUUAUUCGACUCUAUCAAGUUAUGGAAACGGAAAAAAUGAUUUAUUUGGUCACUGAAUAUGCACCUGGUGGUGAAAUAUUUGAUCAUUUGGUUCGUAAUGGUAGAAUGGUCGAACCUGAAGCAAGACGAAUAUUUCGUCAAAUAGUUUAUGCAGUGCGUUAUCUCCACCAGCAAAGAGUGGUUCAUCGAGAUCUUAAGGCUGAGAAUUUACUACUUGAUGCAGACAAUAAUAUAAAAUUAGCCGAUUUUGGAUUUAGUAAUGAGUACACACCGGGUGUACCAUUGAGUACGUGGUGUGGAUCACCACCUUAUGCUGCACCUGAAAUAUUUGAAGGUAAACAUUAUGAUGGACCCCGGGCGGAUAUUUGGAGUCUUGGAGUUGUUUUAUAUGUACUUGUUUGUGGAGCUUUACCAUUUGACGGUCCUACUAUGCAGUUACUUAGAUCAGUGGUUAUAGCUGGAAAAUUUAGAAUACCGUACUUCAUGUCUGCGGAUUGUGAAAAAUUAAUUAGACAUAUGUUGGUGGUUGAACCAGAACGUCGUUUAAGUAUCUCACAAAUUUUACUGCAUCCUUGGAUGUGUGGCGAUAAUGCAAAAGAAUCAAAAUCAGGAAGAAAUAGCCCUGAAAUUAUAACGCCACAAAUAAAUCAGAUAGUCAUUGAGAGUAUGCUAAGAUUGCCUGGUCUUAGUGCUGACACAUUAUUACAAUCAGUGCAAGGAAAUGCUUUCGAUCAUGUUUCGGCAAUAUACAAUUUAUUAGCAGAUCGAUUGGAAACAGCUUUGCCCACCAUACAGAGUAUUCCAGUGGAUUAUGGAGAUGAUGACGCGCAUCAAUUAGAAAAGUUCGGUGAAACAGAAGCUGAAACAGAUGAGAGAAGUAAUCUUCAGUUACCUGUUUGUACGCCAGAUCAUGCGAUAAGGAGACAUACCGUCGGUCCAGGAGAUACAUCCUAUCAACCUCCUGCAAUAUAUCCUUAUUCUUUCAAUUGUCCAUCGGGUUUUCCCCCCUCACAACUCCUUCCUGCAUUGCAUUGCAAUAAUGAUCCUCAAGUAUUACCCCACACGAAUCUCCCACUAAAUCUUCCUUUAGUUCAAAAUCAACCGCCACAAAACUUUCAAAUUAAGGAUCAACAUUUAUUGAAACCGCCAACUGUUAUGGGUGCCACCAGUAGUUUUGGAAGAAGAGCUUCUGAUGGUGGCGCCAAUUUGCAUGUAUUUUAUCAACAACAACAACAAUAUGGUAGCAGUUCUGGUAAUGGAGAAGAAAGUGGUUGGAGUCAUCCUGGUAGUAGAGAACAUUUACAACCAGCAGGUAGUCCAACCAAUGUACAAUGUACUCAAUCGUUAACCGUUGGAGUUAGUGGAAACAAUGCUGAAAGUAAUGGAGCAAAUAAUUCAAAUACAUCAGGAGGAAAUGAUCGAAGAAGACGCAGUGGUUUAACAGCUGUUAUGCAAAGACCAGUUAUAAAUCCGGAACUCGUUAUGGAAGUGGAAGCUAGGAUGAAUAGAGCUUAUCUUCCAUCGAGAUUGCUGCCCUCACAUCUUAGGACGUCAACGCAUUCUCAUAGGAAAUCCUCUUUAUAUCCCAUUUCUGGAUCCAGGGACUCGUAUAAAGAACCAACCGCACAUGUAGCUUCAGAAAGAUACUCACCUGUUAGACGCGCUUCAGAAGGUUCAGGACCUCCAGGACCAGGAAUUCAGGCGCUUCAACAGGAAUAUCAACAAUUACAAAAGCUCGCUUCUCCGUCUCAUAGUCCUGUUAGCAUUCCUGGUUCUCCUGUUCACGAGAGAGGCGUAGCUGCAAUAACACAAGGACUCAGUGGACUGACUACAACCUCAGUACCAGGUAGUAUUGUUCAUGGUACUCCAACUCAACCACCGGCGACGCCUUUGGAUCUCAGUCCAUUACGACAUCAUCGAUCUCCAGCAACAACUCCCGUUAGUUACUCCCCCAGUAACAGUCCAGCGUUAGAUAUGAUUCAAGAAGAACAUCACGUGGACUUUCCAAGGGUACCACCUCAAAUAUCCGUAACGGAUGUUUUAGGAGGACAAGUAGUUUUAGUUGGAUGCUCACCAUCACCUUCUCCAUCACCUGAUUCGUUAGAAGACGUAUUACCGGAAUAUAAUCCUCUUCCUCGUUUUAUAAUAUCGGAACUUUGUGAUCCAUCAUUACCAAGUAUCACACGUGGAAUUGGUAGACCUCUCAGUACGCCAAUACCAACGGAAGUUGAAGUUACAUUGUCUGAUGAAUCAAGUAGAUUAAAUUCAGAAACAAUAUUAGGACGUGUUAAACAAAUUAUAGACGCUAGAGCUCCACCAAAAGGUUUUAUUUUUUCACGUGAAGAAAUUGAAGGAGGAGGAUUUAGUUUAGAAUAUCCUGGUGGUGUACAAAUUGAAUUAAGGGUAUGUGAAUCAGAGGAGAGAGAAGUGAAAGGUAUAAAAAUGCGUAGAAUCAGCGGGGACCAAGUGCAAUAUAGUCAAUUGUGUCAGCAAUUGAUUUCUUGCAUUACCGUUUGACGACAACAAGAGCAUUAUUACACCUUAUUCUUAUUUUAUUUUCUUACAUUCCUGGUGCCACACACACUCACACACACACCAUAUGUUUACAGUAUUGCACAACAUUUUUCCCAAUGUUGAGUAAUUCUUUAUUCUUCUUCUAUAUUUUAUACCGGAUUGCUUUUUAAAAUAUUAUAUUAAUUUAGAAAAUUGGUAAUUAUAAAAAAAAGUUAAUGGUAGACCUUAAUAAUAAGGUGCAAUAAUCUUUUUUUAGGUGUAUUCUUUUUCUUUAUAUUUAUCAUUUUAAAAAAAUAGAUAUGAAGUCAAGAAUAAAAGUUUACAAAAACUUUGUUAUUCUGAUGUCUUAAUAAUUAUGCUUUUUUUUAAUGAAAAAGAAAACGAUGCUCAUCGAUUUUAAUUCGCGGUUUUUUUUUAUUAAAUAUUAUAUCUCUUUGAGGCCAUGUACUCUGAGCUUCAAUAUUGUUUUGUUAUCAAGUAUAAUGUAGUAAACGAUAUUUAGUUUGUAAUAAUUCGUUAAAACAUAAUUAAUUAUGUGAAGAAAAAAAAAUAUCAGGAGGUAAUACAUGUCUAUAAAUAGUGUUCGUAAUAUUUAAUAAUGCAAAUUGUUUGCAUAAGCAAAAAUGUAUUAGCAAAUUAGAAGAGGGUGUGUUCUUUCAAAUUAACUUUCAAUUACCGAUUUAAAUGUUCUAGAAAUUAAUUUCCUUAAAGCUGCAUUGCGAUAUUUGAAAAGACAUAAUAUUCACAUAAUAGUGUAUUCAAUAAGCUUGAUUUAUUUUUGAUAUGUUCAAAAUAAUUUUAAUGGAUGAGUAAUUAUAUUUCAUUCAAAACAGUUGCUUACAAUAUGUUUGGCAAUUAUUUUUCUAAUUUUUUAUAUUAAAUUCAUUAAUUUAGAUUUUUAGGUUUUAUAACUUGUAAAAAUUACGUGACGUAUCGAAUGUACGUAUUGAAUAGAAAAAUAUUAAAAGUACUUAAAAUUAAGUAUUAUUUGAAUUUAAAACUAAGACUUUCUUCAAAGAAUUACAUUUUUUAACUUACUUUUUAAAUUACUUUUUUAACUUUUAAAAAUUUGUUAAAUUGAUUCCCCCGCAUACAAAUCAAUAUUAAAAAUUGAAAAUGUAAUUGUAUAAUAUUUUUUGAAAAUAAUUGCCUAAGGAGAUUUAAAAUAAUUUCUAUAAAUUCGAAUUUAAAGACCGCGCAACGUUUAUGAAUGAGGUUUAAUGAAAUCAUCGUAAUUAUUUAAAAAUUUGACAAAAGAAAAUUACAAUUUGUGCUUUACUAGUUAGAUUCAUAUUUCUUAGAAACUCCAUAACAAUUAUUAGGAAUAUCAAUUUUUAAAAUGUUUAAAAACAAAAUAAAUAAUAAUAGCUUAAAAUCGUGUAACGGUUUACAUUACAAUUUAGAAAAAUUAAUUUUAAUA